UCGCUGUAUAGCAGACGACACCUGACCGUGGAUCGAACGACUCGUAUGCUUUUGUCGAUCAACCUUGUUUGUAUAUUUUCAAAGGAGAAAAAGUACUUUACCACUCAAGGUUAAUUUUUUUAUGAAUUAAUAUACUAUCAAGUCGGUAACACGCGGAUAUUCACAUACCAUUCAAGAACAUGGUUUUGCUCUUGACCUUUGAAUUGUGUCCAGGGACAAAAUCAGGAGCCUUUAUGUUCCCAUAGAAAUUUUCGGUUUCUCAUACUGAAGCAGAUGGAAACUGAUCGGAAUAUUGUUGGGAAAUUUUUCCCAGGAUCACGUCCUAAACCAUCCCUAAGGCCACUGAGGCACAACGUUCGUUCUAAGAAACGACCAAAGACGUUCCCUGAUGCCACAGAUUCCGACGGAAAUAUUUCCUCUAGCCAGCAUGAUGACAUGCAGCUGGACACAGCUCGAAUCAGUUUGGAAAGGAUACGAUCGGAUUUCGCCCAGCAGAUCGCCACUGGUCAAGGUCGGGCCCUACAGCUCCAGCCACUAGGUAAACCAAGAGAUAAACGUAAAAAGAGUAAAGCAAAGCGUAUUCAGGAACAUGACGAGGAGGAGGAAGAGGAACAGAAGGAAAAUGCGGAGGUUGAACCACUGAUCACAGACAGAAGAAAGAAAAGCAAAAAAGCCAUGAAAGAAAACACCUUAAAACAACCAGCCAUGAUGACAUCCAUGCGCGAGGGGAUCCAGAGGGCCUAUCUGGACGGACUCGAGUUUAUCCGAACCAAAAUCUCCGAAAUGGAGCAGGAAGUGGGGCAAGUACGUACAUCGUUUUACGACUGCAAGGACGGCGAAGAGGAGAGCGAGGAAAAACGCGAAGAGUAUCUGAAGCGGUGUAACGAAAACUUUCUUAUAGCAAAUAAUGAGCUUCGUCGGAAAAAUGUUAAGCUUAAUGUGAUAGACAGUGAAAUGAAAGUCGUGGGAGUUAUCAAUAAGCUACGAGAGGUAGCGGAUGUUGACCAAGGGGAGAUAGCGUUCAUCACACAAUUCUGGGAAAAUGUGAAACAAACAGUAGAGGGGUUACGAAUGAUUGUAGAGAAGUUCCAAACGAAUGUGUUACAAAGACUAAAUCAGAGUUGUACUAGUUACAACAACGCCGACAUCAAUCUGGAAGUGUCGGAUAGGUACAUGGAGGAAAUCAUCUCCUACAUAGCCGGUCUGGAAAGGGAGAUUACCAAUAUUAGACUUCUGUUGAAGAGUUUCGAUAGCGGUAUCCAUCAGGACUUAUACACGGAUUCAAAGUUUUCGGACAAACUUAUGGUCAGCUGUGACUUAAAAGCAUUUCCUAUUCUCCGGUUGGUUCCGGAUCUAACGGCAAAGGUAGAAAGGCUCUGUGAUAUUUCUCGGAAGUGGUUAGAUCGAGACCAACAAUAUAUGGAUGAGGUGAACAAUUAUAUAAAAAAGACACGAAACAUGACCAAAAGGAGGGAAGAAGUACUGAAAAAUCAGAAGGAGAAACAAAAGAAAAUUGAAAAGGCUGUUAAAACGGCACAUAUUUUACUUCACAAUAACCGAGAAAAACUCCAAAAGAUUGAAAUGGAGUUGGAUAACUUAGAGGUACAACUGAGUGGUUUUAAAACAGAGAAGAAAACAAAACAUUCUGAGAAAUCACAGAAAUCGAGUAUGGCAGACUUUCUGAAGAUCACUCUGACACAAACAAAGAAAAACUACAACCUUCAGAUGAAGCGACAGCGGCUGGUGAAACAAGUGCACGAUCUGGAGGAGUUCCUGGUCUCGAUAGAACGAGAGUUGUCAGAUGUCGAGGAUCAGAUGAUGGUGAAAAAACAGGAAAAGUUCCUGUUACGAGAAAAAGUGGACACACACCAAAAAACUUACGAAGCGUUUAAAACAGACUUUGACCGUUACUCUGAUGGCUUAGAGAAACUCGAACAGGAAGUGAACGUCCUAUCUGGUCAGUUGUUACAGUUAGAAAUUAUACAGACGUACAAAAGCAGUCCUGAAAACGUGGAGCAGAUUUUCGAUCGACCGCAGACUGUAAAAUUAGCACCAUCCCUAAAAGAGAAGAUUAGGCGGAAGCGGAAAGCCCUUGUGACGUCAGAAUGAGGACACUACUAUUUUAAUUGUCAAAUGCAUGUGUUUAUCCUUGAGGGGACUUUUUACAAGCUUCCUAUGUGAGUGUGCUAAGGACAUGAAUGACCCAUACAGGGGAAAAUGUUUCACCAUAUUCCUCCGUGCUAUCAAUAGACCGUAUGAACUUGAACAGGUAAUCAAGGUCAAGAGGUCAAGGUGAUGCUGUUCAAAGCCUAAUUAUCUAAACAAUACACAUUGUUAUGGAAACAGUAAAAUAUUUACAGAUUUAAAAGAAUGAUUUGUAGAUGAGAGACGAACGUAUGUGGGAAACUUCAAUCGUUUCAAUUUUCUAGUUAAGUUGACGCCGAACCAUGGUUAUGUUGAUAAUGACACAUUUGAACAAGUCAAACCACUGUGGUGUGCCCGUUUGUACAAGGAGGACACGCGUAUUUGUCUCUGUGAAUGUAUGUGUGUUUCAUCAGCGAUUGGUACAAGUUCCCCGCUUCUACAUGAUUUACGGACAAGUUAUUUCCGGUAACUUAGCGACAACAUUCGGAACCACUCGUUAUUUUCCGCACAAAUAUAUAUUUUUAAGUAAUUGAUUGAAAUGUGGCUAUCCGGUUCGUGGGGACGCUUCACUAUACGUCUUCAAGGUCUGAUGAUGUUUGAUACCGUCGUUCGAUCCCCUAGUAAAAUCUUGUUGGUUUUUAUGGAAAAGUCAAAUGGAGUCUCGUUAUACAGUUAACAGAGUUUUACUGAACAAGAUUCUUUACAAGUCUUGGAUGGUGUUUGGUUGUGGCGCAAUGUGAUAUUUACGGCCAGAAUCGCCCAAACUAAAUACGGAUUUUUUUUUAUAGAAAACAUGGUAAGAUAACGGUGGACUUUCACCAACACCGCGUAAAUAACGUGCAGUGGCGAAAUAUUUUAAAGUCACCGAGCUAGGUUAUAUUUGAGUAACGAGUUACCGUAAAUACUUCUACAUGUAAGUAAGGACAACUCCAGAAACUUAUCAAACAAUUGUUGUAUAAUCUUUCCAUGCGACGAAAGAAAGUGAUGCGAUGAAGAAUGAACGUUCAUUGUCAUUACAAUACCCAUCUCAUUGCCAUAACACCUGUUUUAUCGACUUUCGUAAACCACUGCCCCAGAAUUUUCAGAUCAUAAGACUUAGUGUAUGUGAAUACAUUUUCUGUAUUUGAAAAAAAAAAUUGCAAACAUUUUCAAUGUUAAAAUCUUCAUCUGCCCAAACUACUAUUGUAAUCGCUGUAAGACAUUGCUUCGUUCAAUCAACAUAUCCUUUGUAUAAUUAGGUUAGGCUCUCAUUACCGAUUAUAAGAUAAUGGCUAUCGUCACAAAGCAAAUUGAUGGUAAAACAAAGGUUAAAACACAGGAAACUCUAAACACGACACCUGUUUAAAAACCAUACAACGUUACCGGUUGUGUUACCUCGUAUUAAGAAGCACUUCAUGCACAUGUACAUUUUACUUUUUUUUUUAAAUUUAAGUUUGAAAACAUGUUGAAGUAAUCUGCAAAAAGCAUGAUUUAUCUAAAAGGUUAUAAAGUCUGUUGAUGAGUGCCCGCCUCGGUGUUACGUCUUCGGUGGGUACGCUAGAGUUGUCUCCCAUCGCUGGCAACCUGAUACUUACUAUUGCAUGGUGAUACCAUUAUUACUUUAUAACCCUGCAAAAUCCAUUUGACAUUUUAGUUAUAGCAGCAAUGACUACAUUUUUUUGAAAAAUUGGAUACUACUUACUCCUACUGUCAAAAUUACAUAUACUAUUGAACAAAUAUAAACGAUAUAUAGAAUUUAACCUAAACGAUAGUUCGACUUUUAAUUAAUUGCAUUUUGUAUGAUAUUAUAAUAUUCCAAAAAGACUUAAUAUAGAUAUCAAACAUUUGUUUCUGUUGGCUUUCAUAGUGAAUAUGAAUACCAAGUGAAAACAAACAAAUGCAAGAUUAAGUGAUAUUGCUAUUUAUGGAAUUCAUCACGGCGAUCGUAGGUACCUGUUUCUGGCUAAACUAGUUCCUGCAUGUACUAUACACAAAAAACGUACAAGAAAGCUGGCAUGAAAGUGUAAUGAGGGCUGCAAACCUUUAUGACGUGAUCGUCUUUGACAGUUCAUUACUCGACAGGACAUAUGAGAUUAUUAAUUAUUGAUACAGAUGCCGAGAAAAUUGUGACUACGAAGCCGCCAAUUGAUUGCAGCUUCAAAGAAAAUGUGUCUUUUGAUGUGCGUAAUACAAUAGUAUCGGUCGACCACAGGUAGUCAGUGUUACAACAGGUAUAAAUUACCCAGAAACGUCAAUAGCACGAGGAAAUUCUUUACUACUGAAUGAAAGUUCACCAAAAAAACUGUUGCAUUGCAUUUAGAAAAUCAAUUAUAAUGACUUAUUGAAAAGUUUAUAUUUAUAAGAAAUAUUUUUAUUUGAGUAUUGGAAACUCAAUAUCUUGCAUUUCCAUACAAAUUGACCACAAAUCCUCCGUCAGUAAUGAUUCAGCUGUUGAUGAACAUCUAUUAAGGGUAAGCAACACAGUAGCUAAAGUUGUAGGUUAUGUUUGCUAAAUGACAAUGUCACGUCCAUUUGAUUGAGCAUGUACAGAUGCCCCCUUUUCUUUUGCCAAAUCGAUAUAGCCUACCAAAUGGUAACUACAGUAUGCCAAACACAAUUUAAGUCGACCAUUUUCCGUCUUUGCGUAUUGCAGAGUUAUCUUCUCUUGUGAGCAGGAUUUGAUUGUUACGUCAUCGGUUUGUGAGAGUAACGUCAUCAACUUUUGAGUAAAACGACGUAAUUUUCUCACACAAACUAAUGACGUAACAAUCAAAACCUGCUCACAAGAGAAGAUAACUCUGCAAUACGCAAAGACGGAAUACUACGAGACAAGAAUAUAUUCAAAUGUCUUCAUCUUCGUCUGGACGUCAAAUAUACAUAAAAACUACUAUCACAGGUCAACGAUAUAAAAAAACAAGAUAAUGUUUUCCUUAGUUUCCUUCUACUGUAUAUGAACAUGUCGAUGUUCCAUAUUUAGGUCCAAGCACGUGGAUUACAUGUGCGUUUUAUCGUUUUAUUAUGUUUAUUUCAUCUUGUUAUUCAUCUUAGAUUUCAGUUUUACAUGGUUAUAUGUUAAUUACGAUCCAUUUCUCAUUGUUAUUUGCACCUCUUCAGAAAUCAAAAUAUUGUGAUAUGUUUAUUUUACAUCAGGUCCAUUUUUAUCGUACAUGUAGGUAUCAUGACCUUUCUUCUUAAUUAACGUCCUCCCAUAUUGCAUACCAUUUCUAUUACAUGUUUCCGCAUGUGUUGUCUGAGUGUUAACAUAGAUAAACCAUAUUUUUGAAUCUCGAUAAAUCCGUUAUAUUGCACGGUAUUAAUCUGUAUAUUGUUAUAUGUUAAAACGAGGGAGAAUACGGAAAGCCGUUGCCGAGAAUCAAGGCGAGCUAUCUGCAAUUCCUCUUCCAAUGAACAAAAUGACCAAAAGUUAUCCAACUUUGUAAACAGAAGCCCAUUGUCAAACCUGAUUCAUUCUUAUACUGAUCUACCCGACAGAUCAUUCAAUCGUCUUGCUCUGUCACAGUAAAUGCUGUGAAGUAAAUUUCUUGACAGGAAUCGAAUUUGUGAGACAUCAACACAUAACAAUACCUAGUUCCAUACCUUGCUUUUGUUAGUAUCUGAAAGUGAUUAAAUGUUUCCUAAUCAGUGAAAAAAAUAUCCUUCUGUAUGAUUGAGUGCCAUAACUGGUAAUCGACUACUAUGAUGUCACAUGAUUUGAUGAAUGACUUCGUAUAAAAUGUCCAUUUACAAUGGAACAGUCUGGGACUGUUUACAUGAAUGCCUUAUAUGCCAAAUACGCAAAUUACAUUUUUCUAAAGA